CUGCAAUCAUCAUUGUUUGGCGACUCGAUCUCAGUCUUGGUGUUAGGGCUUCGCGCGAUUCCACCUCUUAUUCUUCUUCUGCGUUUGUUGUUCCGGGGCUACGCAUGGAUCACAACCUAGAUUUCAACGCUCCUCAUUCGAUGGGGACGACCAUCAUCGGUGUCACUUACAACGGUGGUGUUGUUCUCGGCGCCGACUCCCGAACUAGCACUGGGGUAUAUGUUGCAAAUCGGGCUUCUGACAAAAUUACACAACUGACAGAUAAUGUCUAUGUUUGUCGCUCGGGAUCGGCCGCAGAUUCACAGAUUGUGUCUGAUUAUGUCCGCUACUUCCUUCACCAACACACAGUACAGCUUGGACAACCUGCUACUGUCAAAGUGGCUGCAAACCUUGUCCGCCUUCUAUCCUAUAACAACAAGAAUUUUUUAGAGACUGGCUUAAUUAUUGGUGGAUGGGACAAAUAUGAAGGGGGUCAAAUUUAUGCAGUUCCUUUGGGGGGAACAAUAGUACAGCAGCCUUUUGCUAUUGGAGGAUCUGGCUCAAGUUACUUGUAUGGUUUUUUUGACCAAGCAUGGAAAGAAGGAAUGACCAAGGAUGAAGCAGAGGAAUUAGUAAGAAAGGCAGUUUCACUGGCUAUCGCACGUGAUGGGGCAAGUGGUGGUGUUGUCCGCACUGUGAUUAUAAAUUCCGAAGGAGUGACAAGGAACUUCUACCCGGGAGACAAACUUCCUCUGUGGCAUGAGGAGCUGGAACCACAGAAUUCUCUGUUGGACAUUCUUAGCACUCCAAGUCCUGAGCCCAUGGACGUAUAGGGCCUUUGUCACGCGACUUGCUUUCUGUGCUAUGUUUGGAACCGACUGUAUACUUGCAAUAUGCUUAUAUAUUAUCGCUUGACAAUUUUUUUCAAGAGACAAUUAUGAUAAAAGGAUUAUUAGUUCUUUAACAGCUAAUGAGUUGUGGAGAAUUCCUUGUAUAAUUAUUGCUUCUAAAACUUUCGAAGGACCGAAUUUUUCCCUUGUUCAAA